AUGAAGUCCCAUCUCCCAAUGAUCCUCCUCAUCUCCCUCCUCGUCUUCCUCUCUCCUCUCGCCGGAGCCGAUAACUCCAAGUACUUUGCCGAGUACAUCGGAUCGGAGUUCACCGACGUCAAGUUCUCCGACGUCCCCAUAAACUCCGGCGUUGACUUCCACUUCAUCCUCUCCUUCGCCGCUGACUUCUCCACCACCAUAUCUCCACCUUCCUCCACAGACGGUAACUUUAUCGUCUACUGGGACACCGACGAUCUCUCCGCCGAUCAUAUCAACGCCAUAAAGCAAGCCAACCCUAACGUCAAAGUGGCCCUCAGCCUUGGUGGCGAUACGGUCUCCGGCAAUCCGGUCUUGUUCAAGCCGACCACAGUUUUCUCAUGGGUGCUCAACGCUGCUUCUUCACUGACGAGAAUCAUUCAGGAAAACCAUCUUGAUGGAAUUGACAUCGACUAUGAGCACUUUCAGGCUGACCCGGCCACCUUUGCUGUUUGCAUCGGGGCCUUAAUCAAAAUUCUAAAGAAGAACAACGUGAUCUCCUUCGCCUCCAUAGCACCCUACGGCAGAAGCGACGUGCAGCAACAUUAUCAGGCUCUGUGGGCUAACUAUGGCGAUGUUAUCGACUACGUUAACUUCCAGUUCUACGCCUACAGUUCAGACACGACGGUGGAUCAGUUGCUGAAUUACUUCGAGGAGCAAAGUUCCAACUACGCCGGCGGGAAGGUGUUGAUGAGUUUGACCGGAGACGCCACCCGUGGCCUUACGCCGGCGAAUGGCUUCUUCGAUGUGUGUCGGAAGUUGAAGGAGGAAGAGAAGCUUGCUGGGAUCUUUGUGUGGGACGCAGACAGCUCCAAGAGCGGAGGAUUUCAGUAUGAGAUUACUGCGCAGAACUUGUUGGCGAGCUAA